CUGCGCUUUACUCAACCGAACUCAAACCACCAUGUUGUGGCCCUUGCUACUGCUGGCUACGCCUGUCGUUCCCUCUCAAAUAUCUAUCUUCUCUCCUACCCUAGUUGACGCCCUCAAUGCUGAUCCUGACUACACUUCUUUACUUCGCUUACUCCAACGCGCGCGUUUGAUCCCGACGCUGAAUCGUCUCAACGGGAGCACGUUUUUCGCACCCACGAACGACGCCAUCCACAAGGACGAUCUUUGGAAUGCAGCUGCUCACGAUGACGCCUUCAUCAUGACCGAUAAUAUCCAGGAGAAGCUUAGACAGCAGCUUUUCUACCAUAUCAUAAAUUAUACCGUCCCUGCUGUUCCGGACCUCCCCAACCCUCCUCAAGUCUUAAAGACCCUCCACUAUCCGCACUCUCCUCUAGAGCCACCCUCAAAGGACCCCUCGCCAAAUCCCCCAUGGAUGCCGGUACCAGGCGGAUCAUUGGGAUCAGAACCUCAGCGACUGCGAGUGGCCGUUCGGGAUCAAGGCGCCUGGGUUGGAGUAGAUGCUUUUGGUAAGGGUGGAGUGGAGAUAGUAAAGGGGAAGAUUGACGCAGGGAAUGGGAUACUUCUCGGCAUCAACGACGUCCUCGUGCCCCCACCCGACCUCGCACACCUCGUUGCCGAACAAUCCUCGGUGUCCUACUUCCACAAGAUCAUUACGCCCGAGAUCGCUGCAAUUCUUAAUUCGACGUCGGAACUCACACUUUUCCUUCCCGUGGAUACUGCGUUCCAAUCCCUACACGCUCUGGAACGGUUGUACCUCGAGAGCGAAUUUGCCACAGCCGAUCUGGUGCGCAUUCUGAAUGCGCACGCCGUCGUCCGAAAGACGGUUAAAUGGUCGGAUACCUUUGAGCCCUCCACACAGUUGAAGACUAUUGGUGGAGGCGUUCUGGAUAUAGUCGUGACGCCAGAAGCGACUAGGGUCUCGGGAUCAGAACUAAUUCAGCCGGACAUCUACGCCUCGAAUGGAGUCUUGCAUCUCGUGUCUGAUCUACUAGUGGACUUGGAGAUCACUCCCGAGAAAUCGCUGCUUGCGCUCAACUGCACAUCCUUUGUGUCUCUCCUCCACUCUGUCAAUCUCACGGGGCUCGUGAAUGACACGAAUGCCAAAUACACCAUCUUGGCCCCUCGAGACGAAGUUUUCGCGCUUUUCGGCAACGAGGACAUUCCAGAACGGGGAUCCGAAGAGCUAAAGAAGCUGUUGCAAUACCAUUUCCUUCCUGGCAAAUGGCAGCCGAAGGACUUGCAUGAUGGAAUGCUCUUGGAAACCGCUUUGGCCGAAGAGGGGCUCGAUGGGGGCCCACAAGUUCUCAGCAUUGGGGUUUCGUCGUCCGACAAGAAGAAGGAUGAGCGGUCGAUCAAAUUUGGAGGUGUCGGCGUCCUUGGAGAGCCGGUUCCCUUGAACAACACGCUGAUAUACUUCGUUUCGCGUCCACUGGUCCGCCCAUCAGAUGCGCUGGAGGCGCUCUUGCCUCUUCAGGAUCUCUCCUUGUUUGUAGCUUCGGCUUUUUCGGCCGCAGUCGCAGAGAUUUUGAAGACGACCGCCCGAACUUCGCUCUUGGUCCCGCACAACUCGGCUUUCAAGCGAUUGGGCGAUCUCGUGGCUGCGCAUCUGCUGGCACCGUCGUCGAAGAAGGACCUGGCCAGUGUUUUGCUGCACCACACGCUGGAUAGUGUAGAAUAUGCCAAGUCGCUAAGGAACGGCUCGCACACAUUUGCCACGCUGGAAGGAUCCGACAUCCAGCUGGAGCGUGUUGCGAACGAGACCUUCAUCCACGCUAGUGGCGGCUGGAGCGGAAUCAAGGCCCAAUUGUAUCCCAGUGACAUCAUCACCCAGACUGGAGUAGUGCACCAGGUGUCGGACAUCCUCAUCCCCCGCUCCGUCGAGCUCACUGUGGGAAAGCUGAUAAAAGCAGCUGAUGCCACAGCCAUGGCCACAGUUAUCAGCAAAGCUGGCAUGGAUUGGCUCAUGGACGGAUCUCCACCUCCGCCAGAAUGGGCCGAUGAGCUGGGUUCCGCCGCCGGCUUUACGAUCCUGUGUCCUUCGGACGAUGCGUUCAGCAGCUACAACCUGUCGCAGCUCUACAACGACGUGCACGGGAUCCGUGAGCUGGUGCGCCAGCACGUGAUUCCCACCCCGGGUGCGGCGUCCGCGAUGGUGGUGAACAACAACCGGCCGCUGGUCAUGGAGGACUCUGCGUCGUAUAGCACGCUCCGCUCUGGAGCCUCUGCCUACGGCGACAUCGUUUUCAAGGAAACCGACGCGGGGGGUUAUGUUGUCGGUAUCAAAGGAGCGAGGGGGACCAAGGGCGACGAUGAUUCGGCCAAGGUCCUGUCCUGGGGCCGAUCGACCACUGGCGGGGGAGUCGGCGGUGUCAUUCUCGUCGACCGCCUGAUUGUGCCGUACAACCCGCCGUGGUGGGUCGAGUACGGGGGCCCGCUUUCGUCGGCGUCUCCGGCAUCAUCGCCAUCCUGCUCUUCUUCUACGGCGUCCGCGUUUUCUGGAGGAGAGACUUCACACAGGCCACAUACGAACCUGUUGGCGGAUUUGGAAAUGAUGGCGACUCGUAAUAAUAUUCCACCACACCCAUAUAUCCCCCCUCUGAUUGCUUUUCAGUCUGACGCGCCCUCUAUCGAAGAAACAACAACGUCGGCUGUUGACUCAGUCAAGUCCUUCAUCGCUGGCGGUUUCGGAGGUGUUUCUGCUGUCCUUGUCGGACAUCCUUUCGAUCUCACCAAGACGCGUUUACAAACCGCAUCCGCCGGAACAUAUACCGGUGCUAUCGACGUAGUGAAGAAGACAGUGGCCAAGGAUGGGCUCACUGGCAUGUAUCGAGGCAUGGUGCCUCCCCUGCUCGGUGUCACGCCAAUUUUCGCGAUGUCCUUCUGGGCAUACGACGCUUCCAAGCAGAUCAUCCUCUCGGCAACGCCAGACCGCAAGUCGGACAAACUGUCCACCGCUGAGCUGGCCACCGCAGGAUUCAUGUCUGCCGUCCCGACCACACUCGUCACGGCGCCCGUCGAGCGCGCGAAAGUGCUGCUCCAGGCGAGCUUCGUCCAAGGAAGGAGGCUCAGAGCACAAGUACAAGGGCGUGUUCGAUGUCAUGAGGCAUUUGUACAAAGAGGAGGAUUGAAGAGUAUCUUCAGAGGAUCGGGUGCCACUCUGGCCCGUGAUGGCCCUGGAAGUGCUGCCUACUUUGCUGCGUAUGAGGUUACGAAGGGGCUUCUCACACCUGCAGGCGCAUCAUCCUCUGAGCUCAACCUGGGCGCCAUCAUCAUCGCCGGUGGCACGGCCGGAGUAGCCAUGUGGGCGCUGGCCAUCCCUCCCGAUGUCCUCAAGUCGCGGCUGCAGUCCGCACCGACCGGAACAUACUCGGGGAUGAUGGAUUGCGCGCGGAAGACCAUCGCGCAGGACGGAGUGAAGGCGCUGUGGAAGGGCUUCGGUCCGGCCAUGGGCAGGGCCUUCCCCGCAAAUGCAGCCACCUUCCUUGGCGUGGAGGCAUCUAGAAACCUGAUGGACAGAUUUUUCUAAAAUCUGGGUAACAACAGGCCCUCUGCUACGGUCAGUGGGCCCCAGGAGGCUGAACUGCACUACCAAAUCAGCUGUUCUGAGCGUUGAUUUGUAUACUAUAUCGGACCAAGGUCCACCUAAAUUUGGAUAAAUUUGGAGCUUUUUGUAGUAAUUUGAGCCCAGUUCUGCCCAGUUUCGUCUUCUCCGA